GGAAAUGGAAACACAAUCCAUUGUAUUAGCCAUGUCAUACAUCAUCAAUCUUCCCAUACCUCCCCACCGUAGGAUCAGCUGACUACUGACCAUGCAAACGGUCCAAGAACAAUUCAACGGUCUCGACACAAUAUCCACUACAUACUGCAUAUACGUAAACACUAGUACAAUAACUUAUCCAAAUCUGUAUUAUUACCACAAGAAGACAUGGGCAUAUUCAACCUAUUAGAUUAAAAAAGUCAAGCCAAAUCUUUGAUACAUAUGUGUAUAAAUAGGUAACACUCUUCACACACACACACAGAAAAAAAAAUAAAAAACAAUGGGUAAGCUUAGCAUAUUGGUAUUGGCUUUGGUUUUAGUAGUGGUGGCCAUCGGUGGAGCAAGGGCUGAGCAAUGCGGACGCCAAGCGGGCGGCGUUAAAUGCCCGAACGGGCUGUGCUGCAGCCAGCACGGGUGGUGUGGCAACACCUUCGAUUACUGUUCACCCCAAGCUGGGUGCCAGAGCAAUUGUUGGGGUGGCCCAACACCACCGAGCGGUGAAACUGUUGUAAGAGCAACAUACCAUUUCUACAAUCCAGCAGAGAACAACUGGGACUUAAUGGCUGUUAGUGCUUUUUGCUCCACUUGGGAUGCCAAUAAGCCUUUCUCAUGGCGCAGCAAAUAUGGCUGGACUGCCUUUUGUGGACCAUCCGGACCUAGGGGCCGUGACUCUUGUGGAAAGUGUUUGAGGCUAAGGAAUGUGGGAACUGGGGCAACCAUAACAGCAAGAAUUGUGGAUCAGUGCAGCAAUGGAGGCUUAGACUUGGACUUUAACACUAUAUUUAAGCCUUUAGAUACUGAUGGAAGAGGAUUUCAACAGGGUUCUAUGCAAGUGGGUUAUACAUUUGUCGAUUGUGGUAAUGAGCUUAGUGAAGAUGAGCACCAGCACCCUCUGAGCUCCAUUAUUGAGGAGAAAACUCAAGGAGUGUAAUUAUAAAGCUGUUAUGGCUUAGUUAAGCUUAAGAUUAUGAUUUGAAUAAAACUUUUGGAAGUUUGUUCCAAAAGGUAUAUCCAUACCACGUGUGAUGUGAAUUGUUCUUCUUGAGAACAUAGAUUUGUGUCAUGUUGUAUUCUUCGAUCUGUUAUAUCCAAUAUAUUUACAGGGGAUUAUCAUGGCUCA